AUGAGAAAGUGCAAGGUGUUUGUGGGGAACUCCCACCCCAAGUUGGGACAGCUAGUGUGCGAGAAAUUGGGCAUCGACCCUGCUCCAGUCACCCUCAAGAAAUUCGCCAAUGGAGAGACCUCGGUGCAGAUAGGUGUUUCCGUGAGAGACGAGGACGUCUACAUCAUCCAGUCGGGCUCUCCAGAGACCAACGACCACAUCAUGGAGCUGCUCAUUCUGAUUUCUGCGUGCAGGGGUGGUUCUGCAGCAAAGAUCACUGCCGUCAUCCCCCAGUUCCCGUACUCCAAACAAUCGAAGAUGAAAAAACACCGUGGGGCCAUCACGGCGCGUAUGCUGGCCAAUCUGCUGAUUAUGGCCGGCGCCGACCACGUGGUGUCGAUGGAUUUGCACGCCUCGCAGAUGCAGGGCUUUUUCUCCAAGCCGGUGGAUAAUCUGUACGCAGGCCCCACGCUGGCCCACUGGAUCCGCCAGAACAUCGAGGACUACAGCGAGGCAGUUGUCGUGUCGAAAAACCCCGGCGGAACGAAGCGCGUGACGGCCCUGGCCGACCAGCUCAAGGUCAACUUCGCCAUGAUCCACACCGACAGAAGACGGACCAGAGACGGGUUCAUGGGCAAGAAGGUGAGAGGGAAGCAGCCGGCCGCCAAGAUCAACACCACCGAGAACGGCGAGGUCGAGCAGGAAAAUGUCAUAGUAAGCACAGACAUCCAGACUGCGAGAAUCGUGAAGGGACAUGUGGUAGAGGACACCAGUGCUCCGCACGAGGAGCCGCAGGUGCAGCACACCUCGGACAUCGCGGACGACAACUCGGACGACGAGGACGAGCCAGAGUUCAACGCCAGCGAGAAGCUGAUCACUCUGGUCGGAAACGUCCAGAACAGACCAGCCAUCAUCGUCGACGACAUGAUCGACAAGCACACCUCGUUCAUUGCUGCAGCAGAACACCUGAGAAUGAACUGCGGCGCCAAAAAGUGCUACGUGGUGGCUACACACGGGAUUUUCGCGAACGACUGUCUCGAGAGGCUGAACGAGUGCGAGUAUAUUGACGGAAUCAUCGUCACCAACACGUAUCCGAUCUCCGAGACCAAGGCCCAGAAUUGCAAAAAACUCACCGUCAUCGACGUGUCGCCGAUCUUCGCCGAGUGUAUCAGAAGAGACCAUUUUGGCGAAAGCAUCAGCGUGCUGUUCGACUCCCUGGCAGUGAUAACAUAG